AUGUUAGAACAAGUUAAACAAGUAAUUUUAGUAUUAUCUGGUAAGGGAGGUGUUGGAAAAUCUACUGUAAGCACUCAAUUGGCACUAACACUUAAAGAAAAAGGAUUUAAGGUGGGUUUGUUAGAUAUAGACCUGUGUGGGCCGAGUGUACCUUACAUUCUAAACUUAGAAUGUAAAAAUAUUCAUCAAGGGCCAGAAGGAUGGAUCCCCGUCUACUUAGAUUCUGAACAAAGGCUAGGAGUUAUGUCUAUUGGGUUUCUGUUGAACUCCAGAAAUGAUGCUGUGGUCUGGAGAGGACCUAAAAAGUCCUCAAUGAUUAAGCAGUUUUUGGAAGAUGUGUGUUGGCAGGAUUUGGACUUUUUAGUUAUUGAUACACCUCCAGGAACAUCUGAUGAACACAUUACAGUGAUGGAAAAUCUUCGUCCAGUGAAACAUUGCUCAGCAAUUCUUGUAACCACUCCGCAGGAGGUGGCUAUUGAAGAUGUUAGAAAAGAGAUUACAUUUUGUAGAAAAACUGGGAUACCUAUUAUGGGUAUUAUUGAGAAUAUGAGUGGUUAUGAAUGCCCAACAUGCAGUCAUUGCACAAAUAUAUUUUCGAGUGGAGGGGGUCACUCCUUAGCUGAAUUAGCCAAACUUCCCUUCUUGGGUACUUUGCCCAUUGACCCCAGAGUGGGGCAAUUAGCUGGCCAGGGACUGUCAGCAUUCAAAGAAAUACCUGAUUCAUCUACAAGCAAAGUUUUUGGACACAUAGUUGAUAGUUUAGGGGGAUUGCUUACUAAUGGAUUAUAA